AUGGAUGUCGACUCCAAGGAUCGGGCCGAGGCUGCUGCGCCUGCAGCUGAGGGCGUUCGCGACUCGCCUAGGGAUCAGAACAGCCGCAGGGCAGCCGCUUGCCUGGUGUGUAGGCGGUCCAAGAUCAAAUGUGAGAAGGGCCGCGCUCAGAAUGACGACCGCUGUCAUCGCUGCCUCCAAUUGGGUGUCCAGUGCGUCCGGCCCGACUUUCACGUUGGCCGCCGCAAAGGUGUCAAAAACAAGCGCACAGGGUUGGAAAAGGCGUUGCAUCAGGUGGAGCAGGCCCUACGACGGACCGGGGGAAGCGGGCAUGGCACCGACGGCGCCAAACUCGUCUCGGAGCUCAAGGCCCUGCUCGGGUCCGCGCCGAAUGGCGGUCUAGCGGCAGCCAAUCGCGACCAGUCCGGCGCCGGGACUGCCGAGCCCCGGCGGGCCUCAAAGCAGAGCGACAUCCUGCUGCCCGAUGUGUCCUCGGACGCCGGCGAUAGCUCUGCGUCUGAUCAAGACAUCAUCAGUAUGCCGCAGGAGUCAACGCCUUCCCAGGGCCAUGUUGCCGAGGAAAGCCUUGCCGUCGACGAUGCCGAGAAUCCGCUCCAGCUUCUGGCCCGAGCUUCCGACCUGCAUGUUUCACCCAAAGCGGGAAACGACUCCCUGGCCACUGAGUCCGUGGCGCCCCAACGAUCCCGCCAGAGCAAGCAGAACGAGAACAUAUCAGAAGUAGAAAAGUUCUUCAGAUUCACCCAAUUCAGCCUCGACAUUGGGCCCGAUCUAGAUCCAAUCGAUCUGGGGCUGAUGACACUCGAAGAAGCUGACACCCUCUUCGCCUUCUUCCAUCACAGCCUCGCCCAUACCCGCUGGGGUCUUGACCCUGUCCUCUACACGGCCGCCUUCACGCGGUCACGCUCCGCCUUCCUCUUCACCUCGAUCGCGGCCGCUGCUGCACUCUUCAUGCCGACAGCAGCCGCGCUCUCGCGGCGCCUCUCCAACCACUGCAAGACACUCGUCAAUCGCAUCAUGGUGGACCGCUACCGCUCCGUCGAGAUAGUACUCGCUUUCAUGGUUAAUGUCCCCUGGAUGUUCCCCGGUAAGCACAGCACAGACGACGAGACGUGUUGGUAUGUCUCCAUGGCCAGUACCAUGGCGCUCGACCUGUCGCUGCACAAGAUUCUGGUGCCGGUCGCUUCGCUUAGGGACGGCCCCGGACAUAGGAACGGCCCUCCUAGCGGCGGUGGGAUUGCCCGCGCAGAUUGUAUUGAUCCCAAGGUGGCCUUGUCCCUGGACGGAUUUGGCGACGUGGAUCCCACCUCAGAACUUGGGCUGAGAUUGUUGAGGAGACGGGAGAGAUGCUGGAUUGCAUUGUUUGUGUUAGAACGAGGAAUGUGCUUGGCACGCGGGCGCGCUUAUACCGUCCCUGUCACCCCUAUUCUAAGGGGUUGCGAUCAGUGGCAUUUGUCCAACAUUGCCGAUACCAUGGACGGACAUCUGGUAUCUAUGGCAGUGUUAAGAAGGGACUUGGACGACCUCUUCGCCUCCAUCCGGGCGCUCUGCGACAGAUCCAUAGACGGCCGAGCAGACGGCUCUAUCGUUGCCGGGACAAUCCAGAUGACUGUGGAGAAAUUCUUUGACGAAUGGCAUGCGAAAUGGGGCAUCUCCAUUGGCAGCGGCCCUCAGCAUCGACUACCACCGUACGUGCAAAUUCUUGUCACGCACACACGCCUGUCGAUCUACAGUAGCGUCAUCAACCACCCAACCGCCCCGACCGAGGUGCGCCACUUCUUUCACGCCGCAGGCCUGUCUUCGGCACUCAACGUCAUGCGCGCGGCGAUUCAGGGCGAGGGUCAACUCUCAAGCAUGCCAAAUAACACGGCAAUCAUGAUAUCGUUUGCAGCCUGCUUUGCCCUGCGGCUAAGCGGCCAGUUCGCGGGCAGCUCUAACCUAGCACCCAGUGUCCGAACGCUGAUCGAAGAAACCGCAGAGGUCUUGGAGCGCAUCGGGUCAGCCACAGAGCACCGCAAUGGUAUGUCGACGUUAUACGGCAAGUAUCUAAAGUACAUCGUCAAAAAGGCGGCAGCGUUGCUGCCUUCGUCUACAGAGACCGCUCCAAGAUCCCGCGGAGGGGCGAAACCAGGCCUCUCGCAACCAUCAGCCACACCUAGUUAUUCCCGAAAUAACAACUCCCGAGCCAGCUUCGGCAUGGCAGACGCAAUCCCCACAAACCCAUCUGGAUCCGGUUUUCUGGAGCCGCGUCUCUGGUCAGAGCCGAUCCAGUUUUCAUCCAUGUCCGACGAUCAGAUUGUCGAAGCCCUCAGCAGGGUUAACAACGAGUUUGACCCGGCUUUGAGCAUGUAUCCCUGGGACGACGCUGCCGCACUGGACUGGCUCAAUUGGUCCAAUCUACCCGAGUUUGGCACUUGA